UCGGGGAGGGAGAUCGGGAGAUACGUUUAUACGUCCGAGCUCUGGUUUGAGGCACUUGGUUGAGAAGAUACCUACCAUUACAUGUGAUCAGAUACUCAUAUCCACAGAGAUCUUAGGAUUUUUUUGAGUUGAGGAUCUGAGCUUCUUUUGUUUACUUACAAAAUAUCCUUGCGAAUAACUCAACAUAGAUAUCCAUUAAACGAGUUUUCUGCGAAGUCUAUUUGAACGCUUUGAUAGGAGACCGAAAGGAGACAUCGAAAAUGGCAGCAAUACCCUUGCGAGAAGAGACUCUUAAAGAGCUUAAAGAUAAAGUCGUUGUCAUCUCAGGCUCCGCCCACGGCAUCGGCCUCGCCACAGUCCAACUCCUCCACACCCACGGCGCCCACGUAAUCCACGGCGACUGGGACUCCCAAGCCGGCUCAUCAAUCGACUCCUCCAUCGCCUCCUCCUCGGCAUCAAAAGUCCAAGUCCCCGACGGCUCAACGACAUUCGUGCAAACAGACGUCACAGACUAUGAUUCUGUGCUGAGGCUGUUUGAUACGGCGUUGAAGAAGCAUGGGAGGGUUGAUGUGGCGAUUAGUAAUGCGGGGGUGCAGGAGGCGGGGGAGUGGUUUGAGAAGGGGUUGGAUUUGGAGGGUGUUAGGACGAAACCAACGACCAAAACUCUCGAUGUGAAUCUCCUCGGUUGCAUGUAUUUCGCCCGCAUAGCUUGCGUGUAUCUGAAAGAAGGAAAUACAGCUAAAGCAGAUAAAUCUCUUAUCCUCGUCUCUAGUACUGCUGGAUUCAAAGAAACACCUGGGAUAUUUGCCUAUACGGCUGCUAAACAUGGUGUUAUUGGGUACGUUUCUCAUUCUUUCUGCUCUCUUCUCUUCUCCUCACUUUCGCGCUCAUUCUCAAAUCCCCUUUAUUCUCCAAAUCCAUCUCGUCUAUUUAUUCCUUUUACUCCUCUUCCCGACCCCAAAAUCCAUUCUCUUCCCCCACACAAUCCCAAAAUCCAAUUCCAAACCCCCAAAAACACCAAAUCCAAAUCCUCCCAACACCACUAACCCCCUCCCCCCCAAAACACAGACUCCUCCGCUCCCUCCGCCCCUACCUCCCCACAACCCACCACAUCCGCACCAACGCAAUCUGCCCCUGGAUGACCGACACCGCCAUGGUCCUCGGCAUCCGCGACGCCUGGCUCGCUGCCUCGCUGCCGGUAAACACGCCUGAGUCGGUGGCGAGAGUUAUUGUUGAGACUGCUCUGGGUGCUGUUCCUGAGGGGGAGGAGAGGUUGAAGGAUGAGGGGGUGGUUGAGGGGGAGGGGAGGGGGAGAGAUGGGAAGGCGGCAGAUGGGGAAAAUGGCAAAGGGGAAAAUGGGGAUGGGAAGGGAGAGGGGAAGGUGAGGUAUAACGGGAGAGCGGUUUUCGUUGAGGGGGGGAGGGGCUGGGAUAUUGAGGUGGGUAUUGAGGGGACGGAGGAGAGGUGGUUGGGGAGGGAGGUUAGUAGGACGCUGGGGAGGGGGCAGGUUGUGUUGGGGGAUGGGAAGGAUUGGUGAAGCGAGGUGAAGUGAGGUCUGAGUUGAGGUUCACUCGCUUAAUUGAGAGCUCGCCUCAACGGCAUGUCAGAAAUUCACUGGU